AAUAAUGAGUGCAGAACAGUGUAGCAUUUCCGUCAACUAACCAGCAUAUUCUAUUCACUGCCAACCAAGAAAGUCAACAUUACAACGGCUCCAAACCCCGAUUAAUCACACCACUAACCUUAACCACCUACACAAAUCACCAUUCACUAGAGCCACGUCACAACGAUCCAUAUAUAAACAACACACACUAAUUUCAUUUUACUCAACACUACCACCAAACACGGAAAACGCCGCAACACCAUCAUGAACCACGAUUCAUCAUCUCUCAGCAAUGAAGAAACUUCAAACACGCGCUGCACCUUCUGCUUCCCCUGCUUCGGUUCUCGUCACUCCACCACCACCGAACCAUGGUGGGAGCGCGUGAGAGCUUCGUCUGUAUCGCGUGGAUUCAUGAAAAUCCGCGAGUGGUCAGAGAUCGUUGCUGGACCACGGUGGAAGACGUUUAUUCGGAGGUUCAACCGGAACAAGAGCGGUGGUUUCCGUCAUGCGGGGAAGUAUCAAUACGAUCCUUUGAGUUACGCUUUGAAUUUCGAUGAGGGACAGAAUGGGGAGUUCGAAAAUGAUUCUCCUGAUGGGUUUCGGAAUUUUUCAGCUCGUUAUGUUGCGGCCGUUCCGACUUUGAAGUCUGAUUCGACGGAUUUGGAACAAAACGUCGCCGUUUCAAGCUCAGAAUGAAGAAAAAAGAAAGAAAGAAAGAUUGAAGCUACUAUGGAAAUUGGAAACUAGGUUACUGUGUUUUGAAAGCAUGACGUCACUUCUCUAUUUUUUAUUUUAUUUUGUAAUAUAGCUUAAAGGAAAUUUUUAAGAAGAGUUAUAUGAUUAUACUACAUUUUUUUUUUUUUUGAAGAAUUAUAGUUUUAUAUUUUAUGAUGUACAUUUUUAGUUGCGAGUCAAUUUUUUUGUUCUGUUUUGGGUUGCAGAUUGUAAAUUUUCAGCAUAUUUUUCAGAAUAUUCUUAUUUAUCAUACUUGAUUUUAAUACUAGUUGGUGGCGUAUACGUCACAAUGUAUUGAAUCUUGAUAAUCACUAGGAACUUCCAUGGACUAUGAAUGAAGCUUGGAUGUGAUUCUAAUUUUCUGUUUUACUGUUUUAUAGUAGGAUUUAGUUGGCAAA